UAGCGAUCAACUACCAGUUAGAGCAAAUUCAACAUGAAGACAUUCCUCUUAAUUGCUUGCUGGAUCAUCUGUUCAGCUACCGCUCGAAAUACGUUCAAUCCCUUGAUCAAGGGUAUCGAAAAAGAUCUCGAAGCAGUGGAUGCUUUGCAAGAAUGGAACAAUGGCCCCGAUGAUGGCAACAUCGUGAAAAGGGACCUACUCACAAUAUUCGAGACCUUACAGCAAACGGAGGAAGAUCUGCCCAAUCGCGUCUUCUUCUAUCUGUACACGAGGAAUAAUAAGGACAACCCUCAGCAAUUACACAUUGACGACGUUGAGACACUGAACAACAGUUAUUUCGAUGCCCAAAAGCCGACAAAGUUCGUUACUCAUGGCUGGAGAAGCAGCAGCGACGCACCAGCGUGCCAGCUCAUACUCAAAGCUUUCCUCGAGAACAGUGACUGUAACGUCAUACUGAUCGACUGGAGCAAGAUAGCGGAUAACGAAUACAUCUGGACCAGUGAUCGCGUUCAAAUAGUUGGUCAGUACGCCGCUAAGAUGGUCAGUUUCCUGGAGUCGCAAGGGUUGGACGCGAAUAACCUGACCAUCGUUGGCCACUCUCUUGGAGCCCAUGUAGCCGGAAUGACAUCUAACUACGCCACUGAAAAAGCGAAUUACAUAGUCGGUGAGUGCACGUUUCAUGACAGAUGCAAUACAUCUGGGCACCUUACUUCAAAUCGCAAAUUCUUCAGGAAAAGUACAACACCAGUUCCUCUACCUUUAGUUUCACGACAUAUUGGACAACCUAAGUCUGUUACCUGUCAUAACUAUGAAUUCAUACUCUCAUCGCUCAAUUUAAUAAUGUUAGAAAGAAGGCGAGAAAUCUCUGAUAUCCUUCUUGUUUAUAAAGUGCUCAAUGGUCCUAUAAAUUGUUCUGAUAUAUUAGAAUUCUCGAUCAAUAUUCCAACUUCUCUUUUAAGACGAUACAUCUUUGUUCAUAUACAACAACGUAAAACCGCUUUUGCAUACUACUCAGAUAUUAAUAGAAUAAUUAUUAACGUUAACAACACUUAA